AUGGGACGUAUUUUUUCCUCUUUUUCCAUAGGUUGCGAUUUCUGUGAUUUUGAUUUGGUGACUGGUCCUUACGGUGUUACUGACGAUGCGCUCAUGGCAUCAUCUGCUCAUAUUGAUUGUCCUUUACUAAAUGUGCGAUUCAGCAGUGCCCGAGGAUGGUGUCCAGAACAUUUUGGAAACGGACACUAUGUUCAGGUGCACUUUAAGACUCUUUCAGCUGUGAAGGCAAUACAGACUCUUGGACAUGGAGAAUACAGUCAAUGGGUGACUUCAUACAAGGUCAAUAUCAGUUUGGACGGAAUCACCUGGGAUUCCAUACUAAACUCCACCACCGGUCAAGUAAAGGUAUUUCCUGCAAAUUUCGACAAUGACACAGUCGUAACGAAUACACUGGAGACAAAUGUCGUUGCCAACUACAUCAGAGUGAUAAGUCUUUCUCAGAGGAAACAUACCUCAAUGAGGCUGGAGGCAAAAGGAUGUCCGGUAUCCAUUCUUCGUCAAAUCGACACAUGCCGCAGAUGGGAAAAAAAGUUGGGAUCAAGCGGCGACAUUUUCCCUGUUCUCCUGGACACGGACGCAACGAACCACGUAGAUUGUGGAUUGAAGUGUUUCGGACAGAUGGAUUGUGACAGCUUCCUGUUUGACGCCUCCUCGACCCGCUGUAGAUUACUGAAGGUGACAACUGAAUAUUCAAAUACCAGUGUAGACCUCGAUGGUGUCUGGUAUUUCAGAAAAAUGCAUUGA